CCUGUCCCUCCCCCUGUCCCUCCCCCUGUCCCUCCCCCUGUCCCUCCCCCUGUCCCUCCCCCCGUUCCUUCCCUAUCCCUUCCCCUAACCCUCCCCCUGUUCCUCCCCUCCUUAUGGGAGAGGGGGGACAGGGAGGGUCAGGGGAAGGGACAGGGGGGGACAGGGAGGGUCAGGGGAAGGGACAGGGGGGGACAGGGAGAAGGACAGGGGGAAGGGACAGGGGGAGGAAUUUUCCCUGCCAUGGGAAGAAGGCGUCUUACAGGGUUUGGGUCAUUGGCUACAGGAGUAAUUUUGGAGAGUUGUCUAUAUAGGUCACAUGUUUCCAUGGACAACUCUCCCAAACCACCCCUUUACCCAAUUUGACUCUCCCUGUAAACCACCCUUUCCCCAUGGACAAAGUUUUCCCAUGGACACCCAAACAGCCAGACACGGGAACACGAGCAAUGACUAGAUCCAAGUCAAGUUCCAGAACACCUCAUUAAACAAUCAUUGGUGUUCUGAGCUAUGAAUAGACCCCAGUCAAACUCCAGAACACCUCAUAAAACAAUCAUUGGUGUUCAGAGUGUCCCCAUCACCCUCCCCAGUGGACACCCAAAUCCCAGACACGAGCAGUAUCAGGUCAAAAGACAAGGUUGGUUUUACCCAGCCACUGUCAGUGAUCCGACAUAUCAACCAUGUCUAAGCUCUGCCCAGCCUGACACAAGCUCUGACUAGACCCUAGUCGAGCUCCAGAACACCUCAUAAAACAAUCAUUGGUAUACUGAGUUGUAGGCUUAACAUAGGACUGUUUCGAGACAAGGUAAAUUCAAAAUUCAGAAGUAAUGGUUUUAACUUUUUAACUUUGGGAUAUGUUUUUCAG